UGUGGUGCACUCACUAGAGGUGAGUGAGUAAGCAGCGGCACGAGUACAUGACAACAUUAUCCUCCAACUCCAACACUGCUUUCAACUGCUUCGCGCAAUUAAUUCGUCACCCAAUGUCUUACUCCUUCCGUACAACUUCUACCAAUUCUUUUUGAUACUACCCACCCCUAAGGUCGCUUUUUGGCUCUACCCCAGGCCAAUGGAUUUGUAUAUGUCCAUGGUAUUUCCUCGAUAACUUUGCGCAAAUAUCUUGGCCUAUCGCGUUCACCAUAGCUUCAUUAGUUCGACACUUCGCCGAAUUCCCGUAGAGCUUAUUGAACGCCGCCUCUCUGCUAUAAGCAUACAUAAAUAACGAGACGACAAAGGAAGUCACUUUGAUAAGGAUUUCCGGCCCCUGGAGAGGGAACUCCGUAUAAUGUCAUCACAUUACAAUACGGAGCCACCACCAACGGCCUCCGCCACCCUCAACACCACCGCUGGCCCGCUCCACAUCUCCCUUUUCGCCAAACAGGCACCUCUCGCAUGCAAAAAUUUCCUUCAACAUUGUUUAGACGGGUACUACAAUGGGACAGUUUUUCACCGUGUCAUACCAGACUUCAUCAUCCAGGGUGGUGACCCCACAGGAACAGGCUCGGGAGGCUCAUCCAUCUACGAAGAUCCAGAGUUCGAAUUCGACCCACGUGAUGGGGAAAAAGUGAUAUUCAAAGAUGAGAUACACAGUAGAUUACGAUUUAAUCGGCGGGGAUUGGUUGGGAUGGCCAAGGCAGAGGAUGGGACGUACGGGAGCCAGUUCUUCGUGACUCUGGGGAGUGGUGCGGACCGGCAGUUAACGGGGACAUGUACGAUGUUUGGACGCAUUGAAGGGGAUAGUAUCUAUAAUGUCGUGAGGAUUGCAGAAGGGGAACUGGUGGGGGGGACAGAACGACCCGUAUAUGCUGUAAAAGUUACAGGGUGCGAAGUGGGCGAUUUGGGUCCUUUCAAGGAAGUUUUGAAGAAGCGAGAAAAGUUAGCGCAUGUUGCGCCGGAGAAAAAAGCGGAAGGAAAGCGGGACGUGGCUAAGAAGAGGAAAAAGGGUAAAGGCGCGAAGGUAUUAUUGAGUUUUGCGGGCGACGAAGAGGAUAUCAUAGAAACAACUCGGGAAACGAAGAAGCCCAAAUUCAAUACAAGGCUUGUCACAGCGGGAAAAGAUACGGUUCAGGAGCAUAGCGAAAACAGAUACGAAAGAUACGAACAUAAACAACAACCCAAAGCCGCAAGAACUUCUCCUACGCACAAAGGCCAAGUAGAUAUCGACCUACAGCAAACCCACCCGAAAAGACGAACAUCUAUAUCCCCUUCAAAUUCCCCGCUCACAAGACCGAGACCAUCAUCACGAGAUCCUAAUACCCAACUGCCUCUUCCGGACCCAGAAGUCCCAUCCCGCUCUCCCUCCUCCUCCCCCGCCCCUCCCGCAAAGCAAUCAGUCUUAUCACGUACCACUGCCGAGAUUGAUGCACUCAAAGCAUCCAUGCGUCGCAAUGUCGCUACAACCACCGAACCUACGCGGAAAAAGUCUGCACUUGAGUCAUUGAUACCCGAAACAUCAAUAAGGGGCCGCCGACGACCUGCCCCGGGCAGCACUAGCGGCGCUGGGUUAGGGAACGGGACAUCGCAGGAUAGCGAGGCAAUGAGAAUCUUCAAUGCGUUUAAAGCGCGAUUAGAACAGGCGGAUUUGAUAUCCACUCGAUCCAAACCCACGGAUAAAGUAGACGACAGCAAAGACACAAAUUCCAAACACACUAAUGACAAGAAACCUCCUUCUACCAAAGCAGGGGAAGAAGGCAAGGAGGGAGAAGAAGAUGAGGAGCAUGAAGAGCAAGUCUGCGACCUCCAUUUUAUCGCGAACUGUCAAUCCUGCCGCGCGUGGGACACGAGCGCGAUCGCCGCGCAAAUAGACACUGACCUAGCAACCACUACCCGCAACCAUGGCCGUGAGGAUGACGACGAUGACAACCCCAUUGACUGGAUGACGCAUAGGCUAACCUUUGGCAAGGACAUGCUGGGCAAGGAUCUGAACUGGAAGCGCACUCAUGAGGACGCGGAUGGGCUCGUAGUGAUUGAUCCACGCGAGAAGGAGAAGGAGGUUGUUGGAAAUGGUCCUGCUGCUGGUGGUGGUGGUGGUGGUGGGAGGCGGCGCGAGCGCGAGCGCAAGCGGAAGAUAGAGAUGGGCCAUCGGAGGGAGUGGGACCGGAAGGGGCGAUAGAAGGCCAUGUGCUGUAUGUAGAGUGCCUAUAUUAUCUGAUGAAUGGAUGAUGUUUUUCUCCUAUUAGAUGUUUCCAUUUCCUCGCAGAGUAAUAGGAGUUCAAUGUAUUUGAUGCAUAUACCCCCCUAUUCCUGUAAGGUAAAGAGGCGAUGUAAACAAUCCUCAUAUCAGUCAGGUAUGUACAUACAUUUGUCUGCCCCCUGAACCCGUUUCGGUUUACAUACAACUCGGGGUUUAUGGGAUGUGCUAUCUCCAGUCAUGUAUUUGCCAUCUAGUGAAUAUUUCCCCCCUUACUCCAUCAAUCCCCUUCGUGCCCAUUCACGGAAAGUGUGGGAUUCAAAAUAAAAAUCCUUGAUAUAUAUUCGUUCUUCUUUACCUAGGACGUAUACGGAAGAAGCACAACCAACCACCUUUCCUUUUGUCCAUUCAAAAUGAAGUGCAAAAGAGCCGGCCCCCGAUAACUCCCCACGGC